ACGUGCCUACCGGUGGAGCUCUUACUCGGCCGCGCAAUUUACCCAAUUAGCCCAUACGAAUAUUUGGAAUUUGUACAUUAUGCCCGCAUCAUAGGCGGAGAGGAGAUGCUGAUAUGGACAAGGUCGAAAGAGUAAUUUGGCGUUACCGCCAACACUUGAUUACUGGAAUUGAAAUGGAAUCCAUGCCAAUGGCAUGAAGAUUGAAGUCGGAACCAACCGUGAAUGUAGCGACAAAUAGGCAAUUUGGGGAGAGACAGAGAACUCUGGAACGAAGAUGAAAGAGAAGACGGUGAGAUAUGGAAUCGUAGGGGUGGGGAUGAUGGGAACGGAGCACCUCAUCAACCUCCACCACCUCCGCCGCGAAGGCAUCGCCGUCGUCUGCGUAGCCGAUCCCCACCUCCCCUCACGCCAACUUGCCGUGGAUUUAGCGAAAUCCUUCGACUGGCCUCUCAAGGUUUUUUCAGGACAUCUAGAGCUCCUGGAAAGUGGGCUCUGCGAUGUGGUGGUUGUUUCUACUCCAAACAUGACUCAUUACCAAAUCCUGAUGGACAUCAUUAACCACCCAAGGCCUCAUCAUAUACUAGUGGAGAAGCCUCUUUGCACCACAGUUGCGGAUUGCUGGAAGGUAAUAGAGGCUGCUAGAAAGAGACCAGAGAUGCUGGUGCAAGUUGGGCUAGAGUACAGAUACAUGCCACCUGUCGCUAAACUAAUAGAAAUAGUUAAAGAUGGAUUAUUAGGGCACAUCAAAAUGGUGGCUAUACGGGAGCACCGAUUUCCCUUUUUGGUUAAGGUGAAAAAUUGGAAUCGGUUCAAUUGUAAUACUGGAGGAACUCUUGUAGAGAAAUGCUGCCACUUUUUUGAUCUGAUGAGGCUGUUUGCUGGUUCAAAUCCAGUCCGCGUGAUGGCUUCAGGCGGUGUUGAUGUAAAUCACAAAGAUGAAAUUUAUAAUGGCAAAGUACCUGACAUAAUUGACAAUGCAUACGUCAUUAUUGAAUUUGAGAAUGGUUCUCGAGGCAUGCUUGACCUCUGUAUGUUUGCUGAAGGGAGUAAAAACGAGCAAGAAAUAUGCGUCGUUGGUGAUAUUGGAAAGGGGGAGGCCCUUGUUCCCGAGAGCAUUGUGCGCGUAAGCACUAGGCAAGACGGAAGAGAUGGGGUUCGAACUUUAAAAGCUGAAGAUGACCGAAUUAAAUAUCAGGGGCUGCAUCAUGGUUCCAGCUAUUUGGAGCACCUGAACUUCUUGUCUGCAAUUAGACAUAAAGGCAAACGAGCUCCUGCCGUUGGUCUAUAUGAUGGGUUGGUUUCAGUUGCCAUGGGAGUUGCAGCACAGCUUUCGAUCGAGCAAGGCCGUUUUGUUUCAAUCAAAGAAGUAAUGGCUGAAAACAAAUUCAAGCCUUCCAAGUUGUUUUGAGUCCUGAUUCCUAAAUCCUGGUGGAGGUUGUGCUUGUUCAUCCAUUCCUUUUUUUGUUACACCAAAUUAAGGAAGAAACUGAAUAAUUUGGCGAGGCUGCUUCAUCCACCAAGAAAGGCUAAUUUAAUUCCUCCAUCCAGUACUUGUAUUAUUCUUUUCUUUCCCUUCUCUCGUCUCUUGGAACGGAGGAUGGGAAGAGAUCCUGAUUGUGUCUUAUAAAGAUCACAAAUACAGCCCCACGCAACUGUUGAAAGAAGGGGAAGUUCAUGACUGUUUUUCUGCUGAACUCAUUGCUCUUGUUUUGUACACCCCCAACUCUUGAUGAUUUAUCAGUCGUAGAUGAAGAGAAUUAAUUUUAGAAAAAUAUUAUUUGUAUAAAUAAUUGGGUUAUUAAGAGGAUGAUCAAAAGUGCCGAAUGAUAAAAAUGUUCUCAUCUAAUUUGUCGCCGUCAUUUCUAGAUGAAACCCCAAGCUUCAUGAAGCAAUGAUGAACCCCGAUCAGACUUCAUCAUGCCUGAGUUUUUUUUUUCAUUCACGGCGUCUAGAUAAAGUUUGAUAGGGCCUUAUCAUUGGAUGAAGUCCGAUUUGAUCAUCGAUUUUGUCAUCUCAUCGGUACAUAUAGUACGAUUUUUAAUUUUAUUGAUACUAUUAAAUAUCGCGUCGGUAUAAAUUAUGGUUGAAAAUUAUAAUGUAUUUUUGAUAUUUUAACUAUUUUCUUCCUAAUACACACAAGGCAGAUAGACUAGUUGUGAAAUUGGCGCAAUGUGAAAUAUUAAAUUAAUCACACAAAAUCUAUCAGACAGUGAGAGGAGGGAGGACAAAAGAUAAGGUCAUCAAUCUAAAUAGGAGAUCUCAUGAAGCUGAUGCAAGGAAGCACCUUUAUUAGAGUUGGUAAGUUGGCAGGAUUUUCAAAUUCUGAAGAGUCACUGUUCGUACGGAGUGGAGGGCAAUGCAAGACGAUGCAGGGGAAAGAUCGAGCUUCGUUGUUAGUUUGAUAGAGAACAAAGCCAAGGAGGUGUCUUCUUCUAUCUCUCUCUCUCUCUCUCUCUCCCUCCCCACCGUGUCUCCUUCACCUCACCUGUUGAAACAAGAACCCUAGCACCCAAAAAUCGGACGCCCCCACCGGCUUCAUCUCCCACUGUCGUCGGCGACAAUCUCUGACAUUUCUGGCCGCUUUUCCAUCGCAGAUCGGACGCACUUUGCCGUCAGUACAGCUCCGACGUAGGUCUUCUCCUGCUGUCGUUCGUCCUCACUAGCAGCAGCAUCGAUCCUCCGACAUCCCCUCCAUCUCUCGCCCUCGGUCCUCCGGUAGUCAGAAGACGAUAUUUCUACAUAUUUCUCUCAAAACUUUUGACUGAUCAUUAAGCAUAUUACUGCUCUUCCUCAAUUGAUUGCAGCUUUGAGUUGAUUAAAUGUUGAGAUCAAGGGGAUCAGAGAUGUCUCAGACACAACCAGUGGAGCAAGAUUAGAGAUGUCAACAAGACGAGCCAAGGAGGAAGAAAUGGCUUGGAGGUUAAGCGAACUGAGAGAGCAGCUGGAAGCAAGUAAAGCCAAUGAAAUGCAACUGAAGGGGAAGCUAGAAGCUGAAAUGAAGAAACUGAGAGUGCAGGUAGAGCAGUGGAGAAAAACGAUAGAUGUUGUAGCUACAGUGCUUACUGGAGGACUAGAGAUGAAUGGGAGAUGGAUAUCUGAGAGAUGCGAAUCCAUGAAUAAGCACUACGGAAACAUGUUCAAGCCAUCGACUGGCGGGUACACAGGCUUUGUUGGUUCUCCCAGCCUCGGUGAUGAUACAAAUUAUGGUUUUGGGAGCGGAAAGAAGAAAAGCUAUGGUAUUAGAAUGUUUAGGGACUUGUGGAAAAAGAGGGGCCAGAAAUAAUAACAAUCUCUCAUUGUUAAUGGGAAAUCUCUCUUCUUUGUUAUGUAUUAGUCUUCUCUGCUAGUGUAAUGGUGAUUGAUAAAUCAGUUUGCGUUUAUAUUGGUUUGGCCUCUUGGGUCAUCAUCAUCAUGUACACAAACACUAUUAUUAAGCUCUUAGAUCCUCAAAGAUGGCCUUAUUUUGCUGCUC